AUGUCCUUCCGCAUCCCUCUUGCGAUCCCCCGUCGGAUCUUGAGCAGUGCUACAACCUCGGCACUCCGGCCCGCGACAGGCGGUUAUGUGGCGUGUUAUAGCAACCAACGUCGCGGCCUCGCGACAGCAGUGCCACCGGUAACGCAAAAUGCAACAGGAUCCAAGGGACCGACCGCAAUGGUCUUCCUGAACAUGGGUGGCCCAUCGACAACGAACGAGGUGGAGGAUUUCCUGAGCAGACUAUUUACCGAUGGCGAUUUGAUUCCUCUAGGCCGAUUCCAAUCCUACCUCGGACCCUUGAUUGCGAAGCGCCGGACUCCGAAGAUCCAGAAGCAAUAUGCAGACAUUGGAGGUGGAUCGCCCAUCCGCAAGUGGUCUGAGUACCAGUGUGCCGAGAUGUGCAAGGUGCUUGAUCAAAUAUCCCCGGAAACCGCGCCGCACAAGCCCUACGUCGCAUUCCGUUACGCUGCCCCCUUGACGGAGUCGAUGUAUCAGCAGCUGUUGGAUGAUGGAUUCGGAAACGGAAAGGGCGGUCGUGCUGUUGCUUUCACGCAAUACCCGCAGUACUCCUGCUCCACGACAGGAAGCUCGCUUAAUGAGCUCUGGAAAUGGCGGAACCGCAUGGAAGGAAAGGAUGCUGACCCUGCUGGGGCUAUUCAAUGGAGUGUCAUCGACCGGUGGCCGUCCCACCCCGGCUUAGUCGAGGCCUUUGCGCAAAAUAUCGAGGCCCAGUUGAAGACAUACCCGGAGGAGAAGAGGGAUAAGGUGGUGUUGCUGUUCUCUGCUCACAGCUUGCCCAUGAGCGUGGUCAACCGCGGUGACCCCUAUCCCUCCGAGGUCGCCGCGACCGUUUAUGCCGUCAUGCAGCGACUGAAGUUCAGCAACCCGUAUCGUCUAUGCUGGCAAUCCCAGGUCGGCCCCUCUGCGUGGCUUGGGGCCCAGACGAGCGAUACCGUCAUGCAAUACGUCAAGCGCGGCCACACCGACCUAGUCCUCGUGCCUAUCGCUUUCACUAGCGACCACAUUGAGACUCUCUAUGAAUUGGAUCUGGAGGUCAUGGAAGAGGCCAACAGCCCUGGUGUCAAGCGAGCUGAGAGCUUGAACGACAACCCGACCUUCAUUAAGGCUCUCGCCGAUGUUGCUCAUCAGCAUCUGAAGAAGGGGGAACCCUGCUCUGCUCAGAUGACACUGCGCUGCCAAGGCUGUAAGAGUGACCGCUGUCUGGAGCAGAAGAAAUUCUUCGCCGGUAAACAACACGGGGAUCUUGUGAUGUAG